AUGCCUGUAGCAUCAUAUCCGUCCAUGGCCAAUCCUGCCCGUGGUGGCCUCCAACCACCGGCUCCAGGCCAUCGGCGCACUCGCGAGGGCUACGCAGGGCCCCCCGUCCCUCCUUCGAACAACUUCUCGGCUCAUCCAAGCCCGCAGCAUCAUGCUGGUGACACUCCCAUCGAGCCCAUUUCGCAUUCGAUUUUCGGCUCUGCUGGCUAUCCCCCCAAAAUAUCACCGCAAUCGCCGACUUUUCAACACAAUGUGCCUGCACAGGUCAAUAAGCGCGAUCCGGCCAAUGGAAGUGGCAGCUCACUGUCGGAGUUGCCGUUGGGCUCCUCGACCGCUACGAUGCGCGAGGGAAUGGGUGCCACGCCGGAGAUUUCAGAGCAGUCAGCCUCUCUUAUGAGCAACGAAGUCAUUGCAGGCAUGCUAGUGUCCACUCCCUACCUCAUAUCCUCAUUGCUCAUAAACAUAUAUUCUCCAACUCACGGUCCCAGAGGACAUGUCAAGGACGAGUCUGUAGAAUUCGGCCUGAUACGCCCUCCUCCUCCGAGAAGAGAAUUUCUCAUGACCUGCACGCUGGUGUCGAUCACGAUGCUGAUAAUAGGCCUCUACACCGAAAUGCGAAAGAAAACCCAGUUGCAUCUCUUGAAUGACCCAACAGGCAAAAACAAAUCACUUGGGGUGGCGGUGCUAACUCCCUGGAGUAUUUUCCUUGUGAUGAUAGCCAUCGGUCUGCCAUUUUAUGCGACACUAUUCCUGGACCAUGGAAGAGUUUCCAUCACAAUGCUUCUCCUGCUAGUCUCUAGAGUAUCCCCGAUUGUCCAGCUUGAUCAUGACAACGAUCACCAGAAACAGUUCCGAUUUCAUUUAACACAACGCAAUGGAACGGGUUUUUUCCUGCUUGGAAUGAUGGUUCUAGAUACCGUCGGGGUCACAUCAUCCACUGACUGGCUACUGAUUCUUAGAGGAUAUCUUGCUCUUAUGUUCUCAGUAUUUAUUAUUCAACCCCCUUUUACGAAUAUGCGAAAGCCGUCUUCAAUAGCUCAUCCCAACCAGUCAACUUACGAGUCCUCAGUUUCUGAUUCUGUCCGUCAAACCCAGAGUAAUUUCUUCUCAGCCUCGCCCGCUGCACUUGUCAGUACCAACCAAUAUUUCCGAGGGGGCAGCAUUUUAGCAGGCAUCUGCUUACUCAUGGCCUAUAUGUCUGGCGGUAUUAAUAUCGCUGUGCCUUCUUUAACCAGCAUAUUGAUGGUAGGGCUAUUCUCAGCAAUAUCCUUUCUAAGUAUCGAGCCCAAAACGUUCCAAAGUAAACAUCAGAUAGGCUGCAUUGCAGGCUCCGGUUUCUCCCUUAUUGUCAGUGCUAUUGUAUCUCCCAUGGAAUUUUCAGACUUUGCGUCAACCUGCUCUUUCACCGUUCUUAGUUAUAUCUUCGUUCGCCUGGAUCUUAGGACGGUGAAAUCAGAGACCCAUGACUAUUCUCAUGCCACGCAUGGACAUCAAGAGUACCACCAUAAUCAUCACCACAGCAAUGAAAACUCUCCUUCUCGAAUCACUAGAUGGCUAUUGAAGACCUGCGAGCAUUGGCCUUUCAUAUAUGGGAUCCUCAAGGAAAAAGAUUCGCGGAAGAUAUUCUAUUUUAUGUGUCUAAAUUUUGGGUUCAUGCUUGUCCAAUUAUCCUAUGGAAUUUUGACUGGCUCUCUCGGCUUACUUAGCGAUAGCAUUCACAUGUUGUUCGAUUGUUUUGCGCUCGCAGUAGGUUUAUGCGCCGCCGUGAUGAGUAAGUGGCCUCCAAGCGUAAGAUUUCCUUAUGGAUACGGAAAGGUUGAUACGUUGGCCGGUUUCGCCAACGGCAUCUUUCUCAUGAUCAUAAGUAUUGAAAUUGUCUACGAGGCCAUUGAAAGACUCGUGUCUGGAAGUGAGGUCCAUCGGAUAGGGGAGCUCCUUUUUGUGAGCGCAGCUGGAUUAGCAGUCAACAUGGUGGGGAUAAUGGCGUUUGACCACGGCCAUCACCAUGGGCAUUCGCACUCCUGCGGUGGCCACGACCACGAUACUGGGCAUCUACACUCGCAUCAUACCAACGAAAACAUGCAUGGUAUUUUCCUCCACAUCCUCGCCGAUACUCUUGGGUCGGUGGCAGUGGUUCUGUCCACGGUCCUCGUGCAUUUCUACAAGUGGUCUGGAUUCGACCCUAUCGCAUCGUGCUUAAUAGCCAUCCUCAUCUUUGCCUCUGCCGUGCCGCUGGUGGCCAGCACAUCGAAAACCUUACUUCUCGCCCUUCCGGCGGAUGUUGAAUAUCGGCUACGCGAUGCAUUAGCUGGUGUGAGUACUCUACGCGGAGUCGCUGGGUAUUCCGUUCCAAAAUUCUGGUUAGACGAUAUCGUCGAUCAUGACCAUAAACAUGGCCACACUGGCCACCAUCAUCAUCACGGACACGAUGACCAUGACCACAAUCACGACCAUAGCCAUCAUUCUCAUACACAUCACCAAAGCAACAUAGACCCCAGUGAGGAAAAGCAUUCCCUCGAACACACGCCCAGGCAUGGAGGGACGGGCCAACAAAUUCAAGGGGUGAUACAUGUGAUUGCCUCGCGUGGGGCGGAUAUGGAGGACGUCCGGCGGCGGACGAUCAGCUACUUAAGCGAGAAGGGCAUCAACAUCCUAGUUCAGGUGGAACGCGAAGGAGAAAACAGGUGUUGGUGUGGUGGUGGGAAUAAACCUGUGACCUAG